GAAAGAUAAUUUGAAACUCGCUGCGUGAGCGGACGCGAAAUCUGCGGGUCUUUUUUGAAUGGCAGGAGUGUUGUUAGUGCUAACUAGCUGUCGGUAACCCGCUCAACUAGUCUGCUACUUUGUUUCCACCAUUAGCUACAUGCAGACAGAUUACAUUAAAGCGAAGUUAACCGAUAACUGAGAGAAUUAAUUUUACUAUCUAGUUACAGGAGGGGGUUGAAAACGUACAGUUUUAUAUUUCGCAGUAUUGUAAACUGGCGUGAAGCUAGUUAGCUUAGCUGGCGGCCUUGACGUUACGUCGAACGUCAGCUUCAACUUAAGAGCAGUGUUGUAGGAUGGACUCAGACAUUUUGAACAUAGAGGAGAUAGUGCUGGGACGGGGCUUGCCAGACCCACCACCAGAAGCUCCCCCUGAAAAGCCAGCAGAACCAUACAAACCCGUCAUUCUGAAUGGACCUCCGGCUCCCUCUGUCCAGUCCUACCAGCAUGAGAACCUGCAGUGCUUCCAGUGCUUCAUCACCUUCUGCAACGCCAAAGCAAAGGAGAGACACAUGAAGAAGAGCCACAGGGAAGAGUACAAACAGCAGCUUCAGCAGGGAAACACACUGUUUACAUGCUACGUGUGUGACCGCACAUUUCUGUCGUCUGAGGAACUAACGCAGCAUCAGCCGACACACAGCAAUGAUGACAAGCCUUUCAAAUGUGUUCACUGCAAGGAGAGCUUUAAAACGUUCUCUGAGCUCACAUCCCACAGAAGGCAAGUGUGUCCAGAGAAACUUCUGGUCUGUAAAGAUUGCAGCCAGACCUUUCGCAGUCCUGGACUUCUUCGUGCCCACCGCCUGACCCAGCAUCCACGCCCAGAUGAGAGUGCAGAACAGCCAGAGGAUCCAUCAAAACCUCAUCGUUGUAAGAAGUGCGGACAAGGAUUUGAAGCAGAAUCAGAUCUGCAGGCGCACCAGGAAAAGUACCCUGAAGGCCAGCAGUGCAACGGCAGCGCUUCUCCCGUCAAGAAGCGGGGUCGCCCGGCCAAAGCCGAAGAGCCAGCAGGUUCUGAGAAAAAGGCAAAGCGGAAAAAGAAGGAUGAAGAAGAGAUUUCCGAGGAGUCAACAAAGGCCAGCAGCACAGUGGAGUCUGCAGUAACCCCAGGAGAAGACAAAGGAAAAGCAGGUGGAGCAAAGCGUGGCCGUCCUUCUAAAGCAGCAUCAGAGACGGAAGAUAAAAAAAGCUCAGAGGAUGACCGUCAAGCACCGGCAAAGGAGAAGAAACCAAAAGAAGACCCCGCUCCGCCUCGUCAGAUCCCCUGUACAGAAUGUGACCUCACGUUCCCUGGCUUGGUUCAGCUCCGUUCUCACAAGAAAGAGAAACACACCCCACGGAAAGCCCAUCCCUGCGAAGAAUGUGAAGAGAGUUUUGCCCGUCCUGAGCAACUGGAAGCCCACAUGUCGCGGGCUCACGCCGUCGGCCGUUUAUCCUGUCCGACCUGUGGAAAGAGCUUUAGCCGGGAGCGCACCUUGCAAGCUCACCUGAAGAGCCACCCAGAGGAGAAGCCAGAAAACCCUGAAAAGUCAGGCGCCAAUAGAUAAUUUAGUCAUGGGUACCCUUCAGGAAGUUUGUGGUUUUUCAGUAAUUUAGUCCUGAAUUGUCCCUUUCUUUUAAAUUUGGGUGACAUCAGAGUGGAGCUGUUAUUAAAUGAACUGGGAAUGGUUUGAAGAAUCAGGUUUUAGUAUGUUGAUACUUUUAAAGCUGAGCUUGAUUAUAAGCUGCUGAAGUUGGACACAUCUCAUAAGUUGACUAGCCAUGUUUCUAACACAUCUAUUACGCUGUUUGUCAUGAAACAGUCCAGCUGUAUAAAGAAGCAAGUUUGAUUUACUUUUUAAAUAUUUUUUUUUAGCUUGAAGUGUGUGCUUUAAAUUUGGUAUUUUCAGUUGAUUUACUCACUUUGUGAGGGUUUUUUAUUUGUACGUUUUUGUUCUUCACCCCCAACAGAUAUAAGUACAUGCUUUAAAUAAUUAGAUGCAUUUUAGAGAUACUAUGUGAACAUUCAGGCCCUGUUUACACGUUUUUACUGAAAACGGAAACGUUUUGCUGCGUUUCUACUGUUCUACAUGGCAACAUCGUGCGUUUUGUCUAAAAACGGCACACUUUGGAAACGGUUAAAGACGUCCAGUCUGGAACGUCCCAGUCUCCAUUGUCGUGUAGACAUGGAAAAACGGAAUCUGCGCAGCAUGACCAGUUUAAAACCCACAGAAGAAGAAAUUAACAAUAAUAGCGGACUGCAGAGUAGUGUUUGUGCUGCUGGCUCUUUUUCAAUCUAACAAAGGUCUUUGACGAAGUGCUAAUUUUCUACCCUUUUUUUUUAAACAGGAAGGGUUUGCACAUGUUGAGUCUCAAAGAACAUACUGCCUACUAGUGGGGAGGUGGGGAAUUACACUGUUUCACCUUUCUAGUCGUGUUCAUGGAGAUUGUAAUUAAAAUGUCGAUGUGUUAAGAGAAGCUGAGAAAUGAUCCCAUUUUCAUUAAAUCGUCAUGUAAACAGGACCGUUGUUUGUUAAACAAAAUUUUAUGUAUAGUUUUUGCUUCCAUUUUGGCUUAUUUUGCAUCUUAGCUUUUUUAAUUAAAUUUCCAUGACAGAAAUUUUUGUGUUUUUUGCCACAAGAGGACGGUGGCUAAACACUCCAGAUGUAAUCUAGAAUGUUUGGCAUUUGGGCAAAAAAUAUCCUUAAUAAUCCUGAUUUUGCUUUUACUGAAAAUUUCCACCUUCUGUUUUUUACUUGUUAAAGUAAUAUUUCCUGUCUUAAAAAGCUCUAGAUUCCCAUCAGAAACUGUGUAUAUCAUUUAGUUUCUCCUCAUUGUGUCUGGACACUGCAAAAAUGUAAUAAACAGGCUGUCCCAAAGGGACAGCCACUGAUGAAA